AUGCAGCAGGAAUACAUGAAUGGCCCAAAUCAAGAUUUGCUGACUAACUCACAAAACGGAUUGCAAGCAGGACCACAGUCUCAACAAGACCAAUUACCCACAGGUGUGUUUACCUCUAGUGGUCUGCCAACGUAUGUUAUUUUGCAACCAACAGACGAGGGAUUAUUUCUGCGUAAAUAUGAUCAAUUUUCUCCGACAGGUUCGAUUCAGCAACCGGACGACGCUCUGUUCCCCCAACACCCCCAACAACAGUGGUUGUCGCAGUACCCGCAUGCGAGACAGCGUACAAUACAAACACCGAAAGAAUUAUUUACGCCGCCGACACAAUCUGAACACCAAUCGGAUCGACAAAACUUGGUUCAAGGAGUUUUUCCGAUAGAGCAUGUCCAAUCACAGGUUAUUGCCCGCCCGUCUCAGUCACAAGGAAACGUAUACCAAGAUUCUCAGCGACAAAACGAUAUUAAUCAAUUAGGAAACGGGUAUCCAGAUCAACCUUCCCAGAUAGAAACUGAUGAGCGAUCUUCGCAAUCUCAAUCAGCAUUUACCAAGUAG